AUGCAUCGCUGGCUGCAAGCUGGCUUGCUCGCUGCCUUCGCGGGUAGUCUCGCGGUUGCAGACGAGGUCCCCUUGGUACGUCUGAGCUUCAUCAUAUGUCCCGGGAUGAUGGUUAGAUCGGCUAGGAGACGGAUGAGGAGUACUAAUGGAUCUGAUUUGAUGGGAUAGAAAAGCGGGGGCGAAGAGCAGCAAUGUUCGGGAAUGUAUAAUAAGAAGGCAUGGGGCGGAAAGGUCGAUCCUGCUAUCACGAUCAAGUUCACGCCGCACGAGGAGGACCAUUCUAUCAGUCUCAUCAUCUUCGAGUGGAACGAUGAAGAAUAUCUUGGGCGGUACCCGAGCGAGGACUCUUUCGAGGUGUGUUUUCCCUGCGCGACGCUCCGGCUGUGGAGACGAGGGCUAACGGUGAUUGGUGGGAUUAUAGAAACAAUACAUCUGUACCGACAAUGCUGUCCGCGCAGAGCUCUGCAAUUCGACCGAUGUCGGUAAAUUCAUACUAGAACCGGAAACAAACAGGAGUUCCACUGGAAGUAUAUUCAAUAUAAAACUCGACCUGAAGGAAGUCAAGCCAAUUUUGUAUCCGAUCAAGAGGACGGGAUAUUACUGUGUUUGGUCAAAUGCUUUCCCUCCCGGUGAUCUCAAGUACGAUGCUGUGGUCACCUUCCAGAGCUCUUAUGGAGAGCUGUCGGCGUCACAGAUUGCGAAGCUGCCGUUCUACGGGGGUCUUACUAUUGUGUAUGCGCUUAUUAGUGCCCUAUGGGCGUUCUUAUACGUGCAGCAUCGGAGAGAUAUUUGUGAGUUUGGUUUUUCGAAUGGCCGAAAGUGGAAGUGCACUAAUGGGGAACAGUGCCGGUGCAAAACUACAUUACGGCCAUCUUGAUCUUCCUGAUGCUGGAAAUGCUGAUUACCUGGGCGUUCUACGACUACAAGAAUGCUCACGGGUCUAAUACUGGCGCUAAGAUCUUGAUGAUCGUUGUCGCAAUUCUAAACGCCAUCAGGAACUCAUUCUCGUUCUUCUUGCUGCUGAUUGUGUGCAUGGGAUAUGGUGUUGUGAGGUAAGGCUCAAUUAUGGCUAAUAGCGAAUCAGCGCUAACUUGAUGUAAAGGCCGAGUUUGGGCGCCAUGAUGAAGUGGGUGCGCAUCCUAGCUCUCGCUCAUUUCCUCUUUGGCAUGGUUUACGCUAUUGGCUCGUUGGCCAUUACACCCGAUAAUGUCGGCCCUCUCAUCAUGCUCGUUAUCCUGCCACUUGCUGCAACUCUUACAGCAUUCUACAUCUGGACUCUCAAUUCACUCAAGUUUACCAUGAAGGAUUUGUUCGAUCGCAAGCAGAAUGUCAAGUUGCUCAUGUAUAAGCGCCUCUGGUGGGUGCUUAUUGGGUCCAUCAUGGUCAUCUUUGGGUUUUUCUUCCUCAACUCUUUCACUUUCACCCGUCAUGGCUCACCGGACUUCGUUCCUACACACUGGAAGACAAGAUGGUUCGUUCUUGAUGGAUGGCUCAACCUGGUCUACCUUGUAGACUUGUCUGUUAUUGCCUAUCUUUGGCGCCCAACUGCUAACAAUCGUCGGUUCGCCAUGAGUGACGAAUUGGCCCAGGAUGACGAUGGAUUUGAGAUCGCAAGUAUGGUUGACUCUGAAGAUGGCCGUGAUGAAGAGAUGGGCAUUGGCACUCGUAACGCCGAGGCUUCUAGACCAUUACAGCCUGUGCAGUCAUCCCCGGCAACGAAGCGGUCGUUGGAUAGGAGAGAUUCAGUGGAAGGCGAGACAAUGUUCUCUGUGGGAGAAGAUGACCGGUGGAGUGGAGAUGAAGAUGAUAGUGAUGAUGACGAGGAGUCAAAAAGGGGGCUGACGGGGAAGAAAAAGGAAUAGAUCUCCCCUAAGGUUAGGGUGGUAAUGGGUGUGUGUGAAGUCCCUGUUUUCGGGUCUUUUCUUUCUUAGGUUUACGUGUUUUUACUUGGUUUCAAUUACUCAAAUGUAUCAUGGUUUUGUGGGUCUCAAGCGUUGAAUGGUGUGAGAUGCGAUAUUAGUUGUAAUCUCAAGGCAAUGUUUAUCGCAAGUUUGUGAAUUCCUCCUG